GCCGCGCCGUGCGUUGUGUUGCUCGCGUCCAUCCAACCAUUUCGAUACAGUACACAUAUCAAAUUUCACGCGAAAAUUUGAUAUCGUCGUCGUUUUGUGAAGUGUUUUGAAAAAGUUCGUGCGUUUACCGGUAAAUGUUUAAAGUUAAUCCAACUUUAGAAGUUUAUUAGAGUUUGUGCUUGGAAUUAUAUUUUUUGCGCCCCUGUGUUUUGUUGCUCAGUGAUAUGUUUGCAACUGUUUUGUUUUUGUAAAAAAAAUGUAGAUAGAUGAAACGUAGGUUGCAUCUACAUUUAUUAAAGUACGAUGUCCAUUGACCAGGCGUCACCACUGGUGCCGAUCAAACCUCAAGUGGUGCUGCAGAACGGUGCUUUUAUAAAAAACAGUCAUAACCGCAGUAGUUUCUGUGGGGUGGCACCAGCGUCGAACGGUAAUGGAACGUUCAAAACUUUCGCCGUCAAUCGCAAGAGUUGGAGUGGAAACGUGACUCUUCCGCUCCAGCAGUUCACGCCCGACGUGGAACAAGCUCCGCAGUUGGCAACUUUUCGCUCAGGAACUGGAACAUUCCCGAGAAACAGAGAGCGGAACAAUAAUACAACGAAUGGAAUAUUAACACCUAACGGGAACUCUGUGCAGACGUUUAAAGGAAAUGAAGUGAGGAGGUGCGGAAGCUCGAACGGCCGACGUUACGCUGAGAUCGGAAACUGGAAUAAAAGAAAUGCGACGUUCCUCGAGCCACAUCUCCAGGGCGUAAGAAGACGCGACAGUAGAAGUUCAGACUCAGAUCACGAUGAACGCUCCACAGAAGACGACGAGAGGUCCUUGCUUCGAAGUUCACCACGAACAAGGCUGCCCCCUCCUCCACCGCCGCCACCUGACGACGACCCACCACCAUUAAAGCCUCGAGAAUUCUUUGAAAGACUUCAGACUCAAGCGAUGAGGGAAGCUCAAGAAAGAAAACAUAGAUCAAGAGACCUACCAAUCAAAGACUCCAACCAACUCUUCAGACCGGUCGACGCUGACGGUAGUCUAGGAGACAGCCUCAGUCAGAGUCGAGAAAGUCUAUCAUCAGACGGAGAAGGUGCUCGAGGUGACUGUUCUUCAGUCGAUUCUUCAGGAUCAGGGUCUGAAGAACAGCCACCAUGCGACAUCGGACUGCUGGAGAGGCUGAUACGGACACACCCUGUGUGGUUCCUACCAGGCAUUCAGAGGGCAGGCGCCUUCCAUUUGCUUCAAGGAAAAGAAGAAGGAAACUUCGUAGUACGACAGUCAAGUCAGCCAGAUACAAUGGCCAUCAGUGUCCGCUUGCCGGCAGACAAAGGGCCCUACAUCGAGCACUACUUAAUCCAGGCUUCAGGAGGCCGCAUCGGACUGGAGACAUCACAUAACCGCUUCGAUAACAUACCUGAACUGAUUGCACAUUACUCUCAAUGCUGUGACGAGUUACCAGUGCAGCUACAAUUACCUCGCCCCCUACGAGAGGCAAAAAGCCGUCAUCAACUAAGUUCCUUAGCUCUUCUAGGACAAGAGUUCUGGGGUUACCCGAUGGCAAACCCGAAGAACAAUCCGAACAAUCCUCUCUCUCCAUGUCAGCUGGCCAAUGGUGUUGUUCCCAUGGCUGUCACGCCGUCUGAUACGGGAUCUAGUCUUAGCAGCUUUAAUGCCAGUACCCGAACAAACUCCCGUGAACACAUUCUCAGCCCUGACAAGGAUCAAAACGUAGUGCUUAAGAUGUCUCCAAUCGAUACGUCAGGUUCCCCACCGAGUCAAAAUUCGAACCUCAGCACAUUCAAAGGGAAAACAGCUCCAUCACCACCGGCUAAACCCAACAGCGCAUUCAUCAGAGCGCCUAGACCGACCCCACCAAACACUUUGAACCUAAUGUCUAGCACUGCGCAUAUAACACAGCCUCAUACUUUUCCAACCACCAACACGCAACACUCUCCCACCCAAUUAAAUAAUGUUAAAACUACACCACCGCCACCACCACCUCGGUGGGCAAAGCCCCCAUUUACCAAACCUUCCUUAUCUCCUAAAUCUGAAGCUUUCAGUCCUAUUAACAAAGUGUCACAGAAUGGAAACAUAACAGUCACUACCACGGUCACAUUCUGUGUCAAUAACACUCAAAUUCACAAUCAUCAAAUCAAUGAGAGUAUACAAAGCGACAGAUUACAACUAACGCUUGCGUCUAAUGCAGUCAAUAAUAACGGUAGCGCAGACUCUGUAUUCAGUAUCAUGGAUGCAACAAAAAAUAUUGCUGAUUCUAAUGGAGAAUCACAGAAUAUGAUGCACCGUAUGUCGCCAGAAGGAGAGUGCAUCAAUGCAAUGACAGCUAGUUUGCACGGAAGCUUCAAACGUCAAAUGACUGAGCAGAAUAAUGUUGAGCCUGGAUCGCCAGUAGAACAACAAUCUCAGACAAAUACAUCUGAUUCGGUGGACCCAAUCGUAAACAGUUUAACUAAAUCAGGCAGCACAUUUGCUCCUAAUCAACUCGUGUCACCAAAUGGCACAAACUCAGUAACUAGUGGAAUAUUUUCGCCAACGAGUCAAAUCAAUUCUCCUGUUUCUAACGACACAAUCUCUUCUAAAAGCGGAGUCUUUUCUCCUAUGAGUCAAACAAACAAAAGUGAAAUAUUUUCACCGAUAUCGAGGAGUUCUCCGAUAUCAGCGAAAAAUGUAUUUUCGCCAACAUCCAAUCAGUCAAUUAUAUCUCCCGUUAUGGGUAAAGAUCGUGAUAAAGUUAUGUCUCCAAAUACGAAUACAGCAAGUACCACACCAUCUGGUAGAUCAAGAAGGAGUAAGCACUCCCACCGAAAGGAGUCCAGACAUUACCAGGAAUCAGAUAUCUUAGAAUCUCCAGGUGUGUACUGCCGAAGUUCUUUGAUGGACAAAGUAUCAGACUAUGAAGAUAUUUGGGGACCGGAAAGUAACAGCUGUUCUACUUUCAAACCAUUGAAACCCGAAAACGAAAACAACAUUCAUAAUGGUCUGAUGAAAAGUAAAAGGCCUGAUCUUUUGCCAGACACUUUACCCAAGCUUAAUGCGGCCAAAAGUACGCAAUCGAUUUUAGAGAAAGAAAACAUACAUUUAAUCAAUUCGACGGAAAGUCUGAAUGAAAAGAAAACUCUCUCUGAUGGCUCUUUGAAGAAAAGUUUUAAGGGUUCCAGUGAAAUCAUAGCAACUACAAACAGCAAGGGAGAAAUCAUACCAAAGAGGCCGGACAGACUUAACAUAGCUAUGAAUAUGAAUAAAAAAUUGACUGAGGAGAUUGAAGCUGUAGUUAAAAAUAGAGAGAAUUACAGCAUUGAAAGUAUGGAGACAAUUAAAAUAGAAGAUGAGAAUGUUCUUAAUUCUAUGGGCGAGGAAUCUGAAAAGGAUAAUGCUGGCAGCCCCUUCUACGCUGAUCCUGUAGAUGCUUUAAAGGAAGCUGCCUUGCCUCAAGUGCAACGACGAAAACUUUUAAGAGUAGGAAUGAAUUUGUCACAACGCUACUCUGAACCACCUAUACAAAAUCAUCCGUACUACCCACUGCGCGAUAUGCAUAGUAUUGAGGAACUUUCUCCAUCAUCACCAAACACGUCAUCUUCGGUGGACAACCUGAUGUCUCUGCGCAGCAAACCCAAAAUGAAACCAGUGCAGCCUCCACGUAUCGCGAACAAGCCACCCUCAGGCAAGAACGACCAGACUUGGACCGUUGAUUCCAGUUGGGAGUUUAUAAAUAAAAACGACGAAGGUGCAAAUAGUGAGAGUGGUACGUUCCCUUCGCUGGCUGAGCAAGAGUGUCGGCUGAGUGCAGUCGAUGACGGAACUCAACACUUGACUGUUCAUCAAGUUGUUGCACAAAGAUUGCCUGAUUUGAGACUGAAUGCAGAACCGACGAUGUUGCCAGAAGAAGUGAGAUCACCACCAAGAGCUUCGUGCUAUGACAACGUUCAUGAUCUGAGACCUUUGUCGGAACAGGCAAGCGACGAUGGAACAGUGUUCUCCGAACCUUGGGACAGUUCACAGUGGGACGGAUUGAUACCUCCAUCUAAUGGACAUCAACUAUAUGAUACGGAGGAGCCUUGUGAAUGGGAGUCACCUAUUCCGAGGAGGGGGCCGACUGUUGCCACGAGGGCAAAGAGUUUCAGAGACCGACUGGAUCCUCUGUUAGCGGCUGGCAGAGUGCGUGCCUUACGCGGCGGUCGUCAAACCCGCGGCGCAGGCGCUGCGCUGCGUGCAUACGCGCUUCAUCUUGCGCAAGACAAGAGCACAACUUUCGCGCAGAACAUCGACAACUUUAUCGCUUGCACUCUUGAUUCUAAGGAUACAAGCCCACAGGUGAUGAUGAGAAAUAUGAGGCAGUUCAUGUCAGGAAUGAAGAACUACCUGGUCAAACACGGUGAGAGAGAGUUCGAGAAAGAGGUAGAAAAGGAACGACUGAAGCUGAAACCAACGGAGUUCCUGAACUUGGAUGCUAUAUUAGAAGGUGUGAUGCACCGAUUAGUGGUACGUCCAUUGCGCGCGCGCCUCUACACUCUCCUGGCCGCGUGGCACUCGGCUGAUGUGCGUCGUCUACACGCCGCCAUUGAACGAGCACAGCAUGCCACGCCUUUACAGCUGGGAAUUAAGGAAUCUACUAAAGUACCAUCAUCAGCAGUAUUAGCAGUAAUCUCGAAGCAUUUCCUCAAGAUGCAGGAGGCUGACUCCCCACUGGAUAAGCUAGAGAAUCUCCUGGCAGCUAUAUCAGUUAUGUUCAAUGCUAUUCGAGGUGAACGCAGUGUAGGAGCAGAUGAUCUGCUGCCAGUUUUGGCGUGGACUAUUGCCAGGAGCCGACUGGUCUGUGCUGAACUAGAGGCAGAGCUGAUGGCUGGACUGUUACCAGCUGCAUUGUUAGCUGGAGAAGGAGGUUAUUACUUGACGGCUAUGUUUUCCGCCGUGGCUGUCUUGAAGAGACUUGCUCCUGAACCGCAGCCUGAUAGCACUACGCCUCAGUGGCGUCGAGGCUCAGUAGACAACAAUAGAGAGCAGCAUUCAGUAGCAGUGGUACGAGUAGUCUUACCGGAUGAGUGCCGCGGGUCUAUACGGCGUGUCCCAGUGCCGUGCCGACCCGGCGCACGCGCAAGGGACCUAUGUCGAGCGCUUGCGCAUGCCGCCGCCAUUACCAACCCACAAGAUUACGCUUUAUUUGCGUUACAUGAUGGACAUGAGACUAUGCUGAACGAGAAUGACUGCCCACAGGAAGUGAUGUCGGAGAAGACUGGGCAGAACUUCACACUGGCCUACAGAAGAAUAGACGCUAAGAUCGCCUGGCCGCAGCAGGCACUACUCUCUUACCCCUAGACUGCUUCCUAUAAUAAAAACUAGAAAUACGAAGCGACAGAAAUAUCUUAGCAAUAAUAAAUAAACUUAUAACAAAACACGCUCAGAACCAACACAGUAUGGGAUCGAAUGAAAAUCUAUAUUUUUGUCACCUUAACAAUAAUUAUAAAAGUGAUAUUUUCUUCAACUGUUUUUUAUAAAUGCUAACAUUUUCUAAGCUUACCUUACUUAUAAGUACAUCGCUUAUAGGCAGUAUUUUUAAAGCAUCGCUACUCAACGAGCAUACUAAUGUCAUAUAACUGUAGCUUUUUUACUCAAUAAUGUAUAAGUACCUAAUUUUAUAUUAUUAUUGUAAUCUGACUGAACUAUUGGGACGUGGCUCCCAUUUUGUACAUUUUGUAUCGCGCGGGGAGCUCUCAUUCGAAGUGAAUGUGAUGUAUGGAUAAAAUGUUCACCAUUUUUCUUUUAUUCUAUUCAUAUAGUACCUACAGUCGAGUCGAAGUUCGCAGUUUGAACCUUCUGCCUUAUAAAGGCAGUGUUUAUUUCUUCAAGUGUGCGUUUGUGUAUGUUCCUAAAUUUCGUCGCGUAGGUACACUAAAUAAAACUCACCAAAUUGUUAUUUUUAGUUUUAUACAUUUUAAGUAAUUCUUUUAAACACUUUUCUAGUGCUAAAAUUUACUUUUGAAGUAUCUAUACAUACAUAUUUUAACUCUUACUAACUUGUUUAUGAACUGUGAUGUUAAUCGUAUUAAUUAGUAAUACUGUAAGGUUUUGUAUUAAUUUUUGUAUAUUCGUAGAGCUGUUUCUUAAUAUAAUUUAUUUAUAUGUAACAUUAAGGUAAUUAACCCUCAAACGUUAGUAUGAUGAAGGGUAAAUUUUAGUAGACUGUGAGAUCCAUAAAACUGUAUUAAGUAUUACAUAUGGAUUGCUUUUUAACUUAACAUUUUCUAAUAUCGAUAAAAAUAAAU